AUGCCUCAGUCCCGCCAAACGAACAAACGUCCCGGAACCGCUGGUGACACUGCCCUCGCCAACGCCGAGUCAGCGGCUCCCAAGCCAAAGCUGCCGCGAGUUGAGCGUAGCCCAUCAGAUUUCUCCAGCGUCGUCAAAAGCAAGCUACAGUCCUACACGCGCACUGGACAAGCAUGCGAUCGGUGCAAGGUUCGCAAGAUCCGUUGUGAUGCCCUCCCAGAAGGGUGUUCUCACUGCACGAACCAAAACAUUGAAUGCUAUGUGACAGAUCGUGUCACUGGCCGCACUGAGCGGCGUGGUUACUUGCAGCAACUCGAGCGCGAAAAGGGGGCAAUGCUGGUGCAUAUCCGUGAACUGGAGAAGCUGUUGGAAAGCAACGGCAUCGAGGUUAGGCCAUGGCAAUGGCCCGGGUAUACGACUACAUACCCUUCAGCAGUCACGUAUGAUGCAAUUAGCAACCCUGUGCAGAAUCCGGCAUCAAAAGACGAAUGGACACAAGUUGGGCUCGUGUGGGUGAAGAACUACCGGCAAAAGCCCCAGAUUACUUUGGGCGAUUAUAUCCCAUUUUCUGCGCUAGAGUCACGGCGGACAGACAGCUACCUGGGGGUGGCCGAAGAUAAUGCCCUGUUGAGCUCUAUCAAGGGAACCAAAUUGUCCAUUUUGGGAACUGUCAUCGACAUCGCAUCAUUCGAGUCUCCAGACACGGACGAGCCCCCACCGGAAACGCCCAUUGGAUGGCCGCUUUAUAAUAAAUCCGUCAUGGCUUUUCUUCAGUCUAUACUGCGUGUUAACCCUCCUCCCGAGCACAUUGAACUUCCCCCCAAACCAGACGCCUUCACCUAUGCUGAGUGGUACUUUCUGGCUGUCUCGCCGUUUCUCCCUGUUCUCCAUAAGCCCUCAUUCUUUCGGCUUUUGACUCGUAUCUAUGAUGAAGGUUAUAAGCCAACAAUACCGGAGUUGGUCACGGUUCAUAUGGUCUUUGCUACCAUGUGGUUCCAAUAUGGCAUCAGAAAUCGUGAGGAGCCUGAGAGGUAUGCACAACUCAACGAGCUCUCAAAUCGACACUACCAUUGGUGCCUGAGCAAGUUCUUCGACCUUGCCAUCUCGCCAACUUUGACGGCUGUUCAGGCUUUGGCCAUGAUCAUGGUCCACACACGAAACUUUCCCAAGCCCGCUUGCUCUUCAACGAUUGCCCAGUACGCCUUCAUUAAGGCCCUGGAGUUGAAUCUCCACCGGAGAGUUAAGAUGCCCAACAACACCACUACCUUGGAAAACGAGAUGCGGAAGAGAGUUUGGUGGGUUAUCCUGGCUGUCAUGGUUACUCUCAGCGGCCGUCUCGGCAGACCCAUGCCAAUCUCUCUUCACGAGUUUGACGUCGACUUUCCUAUUCCCAUUGAAGACGAAUAUCUGGGCGAGGAAGGUAUUUUGGAUCACUCCCAGGUUGGCCGCUGCAGUUGGCACGUCGGUCUCAUGGGCUUUAAAGUUGUACCACUGUAUAUGGAAAUGUACACCAAGAUCUACGGCGUGCGAUGUGACCCGAGGCGUUAUGUCCAGGUAGUCCAGGAUCUUGACGCUGCUAUGGAUAAGUUUAUCGAAAGUUUGCCUACCGAACUACGGCUGGAAACAUAUCGCGACCCGAACCGCCAAAAUGACCCUGUCUGUAUGUCCAACGAUCCCAAGGUUAUUGCUGAAAACUCGAGGAUAUGCGAGGAAACGGUCAAAGAGCUUCUGAAGGUCGUCAAGGAAGUACAAAGGAAGAAGUCUCUCGAUACGACCUGGUAUCAGCUUGCCGUCUAUCUCGCUGCUCUUUUCUCCCUUCUUGUUGCACAUUGGCAACGGCGCUUUGAUGUUACAGAGGCCGAGGUAGCUGCUCUCCGCGAAGAUGCAAGGGCGUGGUUGAGCAUCAUCGCCGAAAUUGGGCGGCAAAUGGGUGCUGGAAGCCGCCUUGCCGCGGACGUUGGCGGCAUUAUUGAUCGUACAGUUGGCUCGAUUGAACAGGAUAUGCGCAAGCCAGGCCCGCCGUCUGACUCGUCCACUGGCACGAUGAAAUCGGAGUCGCCAGCACCAUAUCCGCAACCAGUGGCAAGGCAAAACGAUCCCCCAGCCAACUCUGUCCCAUCCACUGCGACAGCUCCCAUUCCCAGGCAUCACGUACAACGUGACGCAAUAGCAACAAAUGGAAGCAGUUAUUAUGAUUCGAACAUUUCAUCACCACAAUACGCUUCUGUUGCUUACAGUUCCCAAGCAGCUUCUGGAACCCCCUCCCAUCCAAACCCCAGUAAUCAGGGAGGAUCAAUUGACUCAACACAGUACCUGUACGCAGCAGCGUCAGCUGCAACAACUACAGCAGCGCCAACGACUACCGCUGCAGUCAGCGAAUCAGCAGUACAGGCGACGAACCCCCUUAUUGCCUUUGCUUCGCAGGCCACGCAGCACGUCGCUGGACAAGCUGCAAACAACUGGUCCGCUCAAACUCAGUUCAUGGCGCAGACUGCAGCAAUCACAAACGCCUGGCACGACUGGGCUGCUGCCAUGACCGACAACCGGGCUACGUCCAUGCCCGGGAACCAAGAUCGGUUCAGUGCAACUACCCUGCUCACUCUGGGGACGGGAAGACCGGCAGAUGUGGGUGCCUGUACGAUGGUUGAGCACGUCAACCAACCUCCAGAUCCACAAACUGGGCAGUGGCCACUGCUGUUGUUUCAUAACGGCGGUGGUUCGGUGAGUGGGUCUUGA